CCGCGGGGCCCUGCCCGCCCGCGGGGAGAGGCGCCGCCCUGGCCGGAGCGCGCCCCGCGGCUCCCUGGGCCCGCAGCGAUGAGCCGGAGGGGGCUCCCGGCCGCACCGCCACACUGCCGCCCCUCCUGCCGGCCCCCACGGCUUCCUCCGCUGCCCCCCGGCCGCAGCCCAAGAAGCCGCCGGCGGCCGCCUCGGCUCCCAAGAAGGCAGCCCCGCGGCCCGCGGAGGAGAAGGCGCCGAGGAAGACGCGGGGAGCGCCCCCGGAGCGGCCGGGCCCCCUCUCCAGCUCCUGGCCCUGCUCGUCCCUGCAGCGGCCUCCGCCGCGGAGGCCGCCGACCGAGCGGGGAGCGCGGCCCCAGCCCGCCCCGCCGCAGCCGCGGGGGCGCCCGGGGGCGGGCAGCCGCUCCUGCGAGAGCCUCGGCGGGGGGCCGGGGGAGGCGGCGGGGCGCUUCUCUCUCAGCCUGCCCCCGGAGGCGAUCCGGGUGCUGCAGCGCCGCAGUCUGGAGCGGCAGCGGGGGCAGAUCACCCCCGCGCCCGGAGGCAGAGCGGUCCUGGCCCGGCGCGGUGGCGGCGACCUGCGCGCCCUGCUGAAGGUUUCGCUGCUCAACGACCAGCACCGCUACGACGACGAGGAGUACGAGGAAGAGGAGGAGGCGGGAGCCGCAGCGGACGAGGGACUGGUGCGGAAAUGCACUGAGUGGCUGCGCGGCGUG